AUGGGUUGUUGCAGGAGUAGAAAUCAUCAUGCAGCAGACGAAGCAAGAACUACAUCGCGACUUUCUCGUUCCUCGAGCAAAGAAAGCAGAAAUAUCGUAAAAUUUGACGAAGAAGAUAUAUGUCAGGCUAGAGGAAGUGAGCGGCCUUCAAUUGACCGUGAUAGCAACUCGAAUGUAGAGUGUUUGGUUCUAGAAAUGCUUGAUGCAAUUCGCAAACUUACCGAAAGGUAGACAAAGGAAACUAUUAAUCUAUAUUUAAUUGAUUUUGUGACAAGUUAAACGGCUUUAUUUAUUUCCUAAAUAAAUAAUUUAUUGUGAAAUAAAUAAAGUGGUGUUUUAUUUACGGAAGUGGGAGCAGCAGACCGAGUCCGACACGUAAAUUUCAUUGAAUUUCUGAGGCCGGUUGUAUAAAAAAGUAAUUAAAGUUAACUAUAAAUUAGUGGAAACGUCAUCCAAUAAGAAGCGCGUAUUUGAGAGUUAAUCACUAUUUAACUACAAAAUAGUGAUUAAAAAAGUGAUCAAGAGUUUUAUACAACCAGCCCCUGGCAAUGUGGGUCACCUUGUACGCGCCAGCUCUGGGUUCGAAUCGCGGUUGCGCUAUUAUUUGUUAAUCUUUUUUUUAAACUUUUUUUCUUCCUAGUUUUUACCCUUUUCGGUUAAUAGGAUUAUGUCAGGUGUACGUUUAAUUCAGCCCUGUUCAAAUUCAAUCCAACGUUGGCCAACCAACAUUUUACUCAACAUAGUAAUGUCAAACAAGGCCAACAGUAUGUCAACUGGCCAACAUGUUGGCCUCGCUUGAAUGGGUCUUUAGUUUUCAGAACAGGCUCCAACUCAUGCUACUUUGCAGACGUCAUACCACAUGUUCUUCACAGGACAGCAUAUCAAUUGAAAGUGCCCGGGGAUGAGAAUGUUUUCAGAAUUAGCUCUAGGUUCAGUGUCGGACCUGUAUGUACAGUGUUCUUUUAAUAUCUCCAUGGCAUGCGAACCUUCAAAGAAUCAUUAAUGUUCUUCAUUUUUAAAGGGGGUAAGAUUUUGUCUAAAAAGGGGGGGGGCAAGCCUCCACCAAUAAUUUGGGACAGCCUUUAAAUUGUAGCUGAAUAUAAACCAUGUAAUAAAGCUCAAACAAAUGUUCAAUGAUAGAAACAUAAAUGUGCCCACUUCCCAAUAUUUUGCAAAGUGUUAGACACUGCCUGUUGACAAAUAGAUUUCAUCCAGUGAAUGUUAAACAAUUAGGACAAAAAAGAUAGGAAGACUACAUCUGUGUCAGGGUAGGGGGGUUAAAGUAAUUGGUGUGAAAUUAAGCUGUGGUACCCAGUAAGGUGUGGUCAGGUAAACCACAUUGACAGACCAUGCUCAUUCACACGAAAGCAUAUGUACCAAUUCUUACAAUCUACUUGAUAAAUGUGUUUUAGUAUAGAAGAGCCUCCUCCUUGCUUGAAAAGACUCCAUGAAAUUGCAGAAACAGGUAGGUAGAUGUAUUUGUUGAGAGAGAAAGUGAUCAGUAUGUAACAUUAACAGAUCGUGUGGAUAUUGGCCAGGGAUACUUCAAAUUUCUCACCCUUUUAUAUUCAAACUAGUGCAGGGUAAAAUUGGUUGGGCCCCCUUGCCUAGAAAUCCUGGCUACGUCACUGACCUGUAAGUUAUGUCCAUGGAGUCAAAACGAGUAAUUUUUCAAUUUCAGAAAAUGGAUGGCUAGAUAUAGUGCUGGCAUGUGUUAAAAUGAUACCUUUGGAAAAUGACCUUGGCCCAGCUGUUAUAUCAAUAUUGUUGGAAGAAUGCUCUUUAGCACCAAAGGUAACAAAACUUAUAAAAUAUGAACAUUUUUGUGCAGCAUACAAACACAUUGGCCUAAAUUAAGCUAGAGAUGCGAGCCAUCUGAUGGAAUUUUGGAAAAAAAUAUCCCAUCUGUGUAUAAAUGUAGCCAAGUGAACACACAAAUCAGGCUGUUCAAACAAAUUAAUUAUCAAACAAAAUAUCUUUUCUUUUCUGGGUUCACCCAAAUGGUUCAAUAGAAUAAUUGGGCACAAUACUUCCAAACAUGCUAUCGUGUCAUCCUAUUUUUAGGAUACAAUGUAUUCGCUGUUGUCAUAUUUGGGUCUCACAUCAGAGGAAACAUCAAAUUCUCCAGAAACUAAAAUUUCCAAUACAAGUACAGCACAAAGAAAUAUUGCCAUUGUGUUGGGAAGGUUGGCAGAAAAAUUGGCAGGUAAAAAAUUAUGGUUAGGGGGGUUCUCCAGGAUUACUGUUGGUGGUUUUCUCCCCCCCCCCCUCCCCUCUCUGUCAAACUAUAUUCUUGUCUUACUGCUGAAGAGAAUGGAAAAACUGUUCCUCAGAUCCUGAAUAAUUUAGCUUUUUCAAAUACCCUUCAAGAGUGCAUAAAAGCAAUGGAAAAUUUCACGAUACUGCAUACACCUUACCAGUACAAUCUCAAAUGACAGAAAAGUAUGAUAUAAUGAGGAAUGAUAUGUUUCUAAGAGGAAUUUCAGGUUCAAAAGCUAAAUAGCAUGAAAACAGUGUUCAAUUCAUGUGAAUAACGAACAAUUUUCGAAGUGUAGUCCUAUUAUCCCCGCACUGUUUACACCGGUGCCCCUACGUACGCUUUCCACAUGUACAUUCGAAAUGCGUCCAUUCUGAAGCAUUGUGAAAGUUGGAACGCAGCCAGAGAAUCGUAAAAUGAACGCACUGAAGAACGUUUUCCAGAGACGUUCCUGAUGCGUUUUCUGUUUCGGUUAUUUCUAGACAGUAAUCUGUAUAACACGUUUUCUAGGUCAUCAGAGCGUUUGGUUGAUGCGAGAGGAAGUUCUGCAGUUUCUACUGUCCAAAUUGGUAACAAUAAUAAUUUCUUUGAAACUGUAUUUUCCUGUCGCAAACAAGUUACACUUUACCAAAAACUUUGUAUUUUUCCAGACAUUAAAAGAACAUCCUUCUGUCGUCCUGUUUUCCAUAAUUACUCUCGAGAAGUUUGCAAAAACAAGUACGUUGGCGGACUUAGUCUUAGAAGAGACGGAAUUGCCGACUGAUCCGUUUAUGAGUCUAGGACUAUAGUAUAUGUGUAUAAAUAUGGCAUUAAACACUAUCAUGACAAAACAAAACUUCUUAGGCCUGUUUCAAACGUUGCGCUUUUUAUAUGCCGAACGCAUUAAAAACAAUAAAUAAUCAACUGAAAUGCCUCAUUCUCUAUUGUUUUCUAAUGCAUUUGGCACAUGAGAAGCUCGACGGUUUGAAACAGGGCCUUACUCGUCUUUAGCGGAUUUCUGCAACAAAACCGAUAUGGAAUGCUUUAUUUGCGUUAUUUCUUAGAUGAAAAUAAAGAAAAGAUAAAAUCUACAAAGAUAUCUGAGCAACUCGUGAAACUUGAAAAAACGUGGUUAAACAGUCACAAUGUUGUGGAACAUCAAGCUGGAUUUUGUGCGCAGUGGUGUCUCGAUAAUUCAUGUAAGAAUACAAAACUCAGCGCAAAAAGAUGUCGCGGACUCCUUGUCUUAAACUGUUAACCCUUGUUGCCAUAUGGUCGUAACUAUCGUCAGAGUACACACGUAAAAAUCUCACAACUUGUCAACAAGAUGUGCUUGCAACAGGCUUGUAGCAAGCUUGGCAACAAGUUGUAACAAUGUUGUUAUUUUAUCAAGUUGCUACAAGCUUGUCACUCACAACUUGCUGACAAGUUGUUGAAUUGCAGGACGAUAACAAGUUGUUGGAACAACUUGUAACAAGUCUGUUGAGCUAAGCAACCUUGUAGCAAGUUGUCAACAAGUCGUCGACAUUAUUGAGAGGCUAACGUACUCAGAUUUUAAUAUCCAAUACCUCAUUUUACACAUCUAAUACUCUGUUAUUUUUUUCUACAGUUCCUCUUAAGGUAAGCCACAGCAACUCUUAUUCCUAAUAUAUGUUUCGUACAAAUAGCGGUACACGAUAAAUUUGAAGAGCUACAACCAUCGAAUACAAAUUCUUAUCUCGCUUAAUGAAUUUUUUAUAGGACCGACCAUACAGCUACGAGAACUCGAAUCUGGAUGGCAUUAAUGCAAUGUUGAAUGUGAACGAUGUUAGCACGUAUCUUAAAAUAUCUCCACAUGGUUUGGAGGUAGGCCCUAAGAACUACAGUGAUUUAUAAACUAAACCAAUUACCAAGUUUACUGACCAAAAUGCACUUUACUUUAGAAUUAAUUCAAUACAUUUUUAGGCAAGGAGUGACGCGUGUUCGUUUGAAAGUGUCAGAUCAACGUAUUCUGUCACAUCAGGUAUGUUUAGCCUAAGGAAACUUACCAAACUAAGUAAGAGCUUUGUUGUGGAACAGUUGUUCCUUAGCAUCUUUGGCAAACCAGGAUGCCUUAUUUCCAAGCCGUUUCCCAAGGUGGACCAACUAGGAAACAUUGUUUAAAAAACAUUGUUUCGUAGCCAUGUUUCCCAAAGGUGGGCAAACUAUAGGAGACAUUGUUUUGUAGCUAUUGUUUCAUAGCCAUGUUUCCCGAAUGAAGAUAAACCAGGAAACGUUGUUUCCUAGCCAUGUUUUCCGAAGGUGGGCAAACUAGGAGACAUCGUCUCCUAACCAUGUUUUUCAAUGGAAGGUAAACCAGCAAACAUUAUUUCCUAGCCAUGUUUCCCAAAGGUGAGCGAACUAUAGGAGGCAUUCUUUCCUAGCCAUUGUUUUCCGAAGAUGGACAAACUUGGAAACAUUGUUUGUUAGCCAUGUUUUGCGAUGGUGGGCAAACUAGGGAAAGUGCCAAUGUUGUCCAACGGUAGGUACACCCAGGGACGCCGGAACUGGGGGGCAGGGGGGGGGGCGGCUGCCCCCCUUGCCUUUUGCUAGGGGGGGCAGAAGUGCCCUUUUAGUUGUAAAAUAAUACGUGAUAAAUCACAUUUCCAACGAUGCUUUUUGUAGGAAAAUCACGAGAUUCAGGUAAUUUAUAGUUUAUAAUUAUAAAAAUUUUGGGAAAUUUUUGGAAUUUAGAAAAAUAUUUUGAAGAAAUGGCGAAAAUUUAAGAUAUCCGGAAAAAUUUUUGGCUUCACGGAAAAUUUUUGUAUGUCCGGAAAAUUUUUUUGACCCCUAAAAUGGUACACUGACCGAAAUUUUUUUGGCGACGGGUGGGGGGGGGGGGUCGCCAAAAAAUUUUGCAGUGAAAAAAAAUUUUUCCGUAAAGGUGCCCUUGGUGUGCGUCCGACCCCCUUUGCCCUAUUAUCGUUCCGGCGUCCCUGGGUACACCAGAAAACAUUUGACUGCAUGUAACCAUAUGCUUAUAAAUUUGUAUAGGUACAUGGUACUAUGAAGUUAUUUUAUUGACCUCUGGAAUAAUGCAAAUUGGUUGGGCCACAAAAGAAAGUAAAUUUCUCAGCCAUGUAAGGACUCUAUCGAUUCAUGUAACAUUGAAGUUUCGGAUGACUUUCCAUACAGAUGCCCCAAAAUGAUAUCGCAUUCAAUACCUUUGGUACACAGAUUUACGAUAGCAUUAGAUUUGGAUCUGGACAAAAGAUUUUUCCUAGCCACUGAUCUAUAAAUGUCACUGAUAUGUGACAUACUAAGGGACUGCAGAGGAGACAGGAUUCGGAUAAGAGAUGGCGCAAGAAUAAGCGUAGGAUGAGGGAUUAGAAACAGGAUAGGAUUGUACAUAUUAGGAAUUAUGUUUUUAUAAUCUGAUCAAUCAUAUUUUUGUGCAAAGGAAGGGUAUGGUAUUGGUGAUGAUUGCCAUUCAAUAGCAUUUGAUGGUUGUCGACAGCUGCUAUGGUUUGAAGCAGAAAGUCAUCCAGUCUCGUGUACGAAAUGGAAGCCAGGUACAAUGCAUUCAAAAUAGAAUCUUCCGUGAAGGGUUCAAGUAGGACAGAGAUGUAUUUACUAGGGGCAGGGGCACAGAGUACUAAUCAUACACUAGAGGUCUCACUUCGCGAGAAAAACGUUCUUAGCAAGUACCCUAAAGAGAGGCAUUCACCCCCUGGAACAUUACAUUUCAAUAUGUUUUCAGGGGGUGACGGCCUCUCUUUAGGGCACUUGUUAAGAAAAUGGCGGACUGGGAAAAUCCCUUACGCUGAAAUUAAUAAGUGAGACCUCUGUAUGGUAUUUAUUCUGUGGCAGGGGUGUCAACCUUAGCAAUGGCUAAUGAUGCAAGGGAGUGUCUUACCAAAUCCAACAAUGUGUAUAUUGUGUCUUUAUGAUUUCUUUACAGACGAUGUGUUGGGGAUGUUACUAAACAUUGAAGAAGACAAGGUUGUAUUUUAUUUAAACGGAGAAGCCAUAGAAAGAUAUUUCCCAGCUAAAGACAGGUAAGUUUAUAUGAAUUAGGCGAGCUUGGGAGUUCAAUGAAACAUUUCAAUAAGAACUUGCUAGAAUCUAACAAACUACUUUCACAUAUUUAAUCUCCAGAUAUGAUGAAAAAUAUAUUUUCUCUAUUUAGAGGUGCAUUUUUUGCCGCCGCAAGUUUUAUGUCUUUCCAGCAUUGCAAGUUUAACUUUGGAGCCGAACCGUUCAAGUGA